AUGGCGACGGAGAUGAGUAAUACAAACAAAGAAUCAAAAUUAACUGAAGAAAGUGAUCAGAAAGUGGAAACUCAAAAGAAAAAGGAAGAUGAUAGCAGAAUAGUUGGAUGCGAGGUUUGCAGUGAGAAGGAGGAGGUCCGAAUAAUUCUUCGACAAUGUGGCCAUGUGGUUUGCUUGCCCUGCAUUUUGGAAUACGUUAAGAAUAGAAUAAUUGUGGAUGGCCAUCCCCGAUUCAAAUGUCCAGUUGUCACGUGUAAUGAAGUGAUCCAUGACAAUGAUAUCAAUGCAGUGCUUGAUGAGAAAGAGCCUGCACUGGAGAGAUACAUGUCGAUCACCCAUCGAAGAUAUUUACAGCACAAGCAAUACAAACACUCAGUUAUUGCUGCUCUACCAUCUUCUGAUAUCAAGCGAUGCCCACUGUGCCGAGCUGUGUACAUGCACGAACCGGGAUGCAACUAUGUGAUUUGUGCGAAUUCUGUGUGCAAUACGGCGUUUUGUUGGCAUUGUGAGAAGUCGAUCGGUAGACCGUGCUCUCAUUUUACCACAGCUUCACAUUGCCGCUUGGGCUAUCUUGACUACGAGCGAAUCUUCAGAUCGAUUCAGUUGGCUCUCGACGUAAACUUCAUAAUACUCUGGAUCCUUCUCCCAUUCGUCUACUUAAUCGCGUUUCUCUACAUUCCAAUAUUCAUACUUUUCCUUGUACCAGCCAGUCUAGCUUAUGAUGCAUAUAGAAAAGAGAAGGAUAGUCACGACUUUCUGGUUCCGAUUGAUGUGAUCACUAUAAUAUUUCGUAUUGUUAUUGGUAUUGUCGUUGGGAUAGUUGUGAGCAUCCCAUUUGCAGUGGGAUCGAUUGUUUCGGGAUUUGUGAUUGUGUUUUUCUACAUGGGAUUUUUGAUUAUUCGUACUAUUCCUUGUGGAUUGUCUGGGGAUCGAGUUGGCACAUUUUUGUGUUUUAUGAGAUGGGCUGGUAGACUUUUUAAAAUUGGUCCCUAUGGUAAAUUGUUAGACGAAGCAAGACGAGAACGAAGAGAUGCAUUGAUAAAACUGGAAGAGAAUCAAGAUGACUACGAAAAUGCGUUAGGCAGCUCUAGUACUACGUCCGGAACCGGAAGAACUGCUGCGAAAACAUCAACAACCACUCAAGAAACUGCCACAACGUUACUAUCAACUACGGAAAAUGCGGAAAAUCUGGGAACAGCUGGGAGAACGAGUAUGACAAUGAGUAAAAGCACUGAAAAAUUGACUUCGACGAGUAAAGCUUAA